AUGUUUGCAUACGGCCUGCUUCCUCUCAUUGUAUCCACAUCUGCCGUUGCGAGGGAGAUCGUCUUCCCUCCCAUCGCAGCAAUUCAAGGUUCCGGACAAUUUCCGCUCGGCAAAGAUGAUACCGUUGAUAUUGUUACAGGUAGUCAGUUCUCAGGACUGACUACGUUCGCACAUUUACCUUACGUAAACUGUUUGGUGGAUGACCAGGCACAUUCCACACCUUAUGACAUUGCAAUCUUGGGUGCCCCAUUCGACACUGGUGUUACCGCUCGUCCUGGAGCCAGAUAUGGGCCAGGCGGUAUUCGUCUCGGCUCUCGGCGAUUACAAGGAUGGAACAUCUACACGGGUGUCAAUGUCUUCCAAAGCUGGGCGAAGAUGGUGGACUGUGGGGACGCGCCACUGACCUGGUUGGAUAAUACAGUUGCGUUGAAGCAGCUCGAUUUAGCACACGAGGUUAUAUCAUCGCGUCCUACGAAUAGUACAGAUCUGGGCCGUACUCCUCGUAUUCUUACUCUCGGCGGAGACCACACAACAACAUUGUCGGCACUGAGGUCGACGUAUGACAAGUGGGGUCCUGUUUCGGUUAUUCAUUUUGAUAGCCAUCUCGACACUUGGGACCCUGAGGUACUAGCCCAUGAAGAGGUUAGUCACCAUCCGAGCACCAAGGGAUUGAUUAAGCAAUACACUAACCACGCCCAGGGCCUUAUCCGCAAUACAUCUUUACACGUUGGUAUCCGUGCCCCUGUCAUCCGCCCAAAGGGCGAUAUCCGAAACGAUAUCCGAUGCGGAUUCAAAAUCAUCAAAGCUCGUGACUUAGAUCGGGUCGGGAUAGAUGGUAUCGUCGAACAGAUCAAGUCCCGGGUUGGCGAUAGCAAGGUGUAUAUUUCUGUGGAUAUUGAUGUUUUAGAUCCAGCCUACGCACCUGCAACCGGAACUGCAGAGCCAGGCGGUCUUACUACCCGCGAGCUUCUUUCCAUCCUAGAUGCUCUACACGGAUUGCCUAUGAUCGGCGCCGACGUUGUCGAAGUUGCGCCGAUAUACGAUACAACAGCCGAGACUACGACUUUGGCUGCUGCCGAGGUGGCUCAUUCGCUGCUUUAUCUGAUGGUGGAAACACCGGUGAAUGAUAACUAG